AUGGAAAAAGGAAAAGAACAUCCAUCUACCCUAAGACCAUCUAGCUCAAAUCUCCCAUCCGCUGACAUACCAUCAAUUUCUCCAAACAUCCCAAUGCACGGUUACAAUGCAGGACCACCAUCUGCGGACAUUCUAUCAACUUCUCCAAACAUCCCAAUGCACGGUUACUAUGGACCAGUGAAUGCGUGGUCACCGGGUUUUCUCCCAUUUCCUGCUGUCAACCAAUAUCCAAGCAAUGUACAGAAUACUAGUUACCCAUUUCAACAUGGCAUAGAAGGCCAGUUGUCUCUCAGCAAUACAUCUGUUACAAUCAGAUUUAUUGGUAUGGAGGAUAAUAGACCCAAUAUUGGAGAAAAUGAAUCACCAGCUACAUCUUCUAGAGUUGAAAAAAUUCAUCAUGAUAGACAAGAUGCAGAAGAAACUGAGUAUGGCAGUGCCGAAACAUUUGAGAAAGUGCAAAUGGAUCAGGUUAAUGAUGAGCCAGUUUCGGGGAUGGAGUUUAAUUCCUUAGAAGAGUUAAUGAGCUGUUAUAAGGAAUAUGGUAAGAAAUACGGGUUUGGGGUGAUGACAAAAAAUAGUGAGAGGGGAGAGGAUGAGACUGUUAGAUAUGUCACCCUUGCAUGUGCCCGUGGAAGGAAGGCCCGGAAUAGGAUUUUGAAUGUCGCCAACCCAAAUCCGACAGGAAAGACGGAAUGUAAGGUAAAAAUUAAUGCCUUAAAAGUUGCUAAUAGAAAGUUUCGGCUGACUAUAGUUCACAAUAUCCACAACCACGGCCUCAGUCCAAAGAAAUCUCACUUUUUUCUAUGUAAUAGAGAAGUGAGUGAAUCUGUUAAAAGAGUCCUAGAUACAAAUGAUUUAACCGGCAUCUGAAUGAAUAGAGUUUCGAGUCUCUUGUUGUGGGCACGGGUGGUUUUAAGAACCUCCCGUUUUUGGAAAAUGAUUGUCAUAACUACAUUGACAAGGCACAACAUCUACGAUUGGGCACAGGUGGUGCUGGAGCGCUUCGAGACUACUUUUUACGGAUGCAGUACAAAAAUCUAGGUUUCUUUGCACUAAUGGACUUGGAUGAUGACGGGAGGUUAAAAAAUGUAUUCUGGGCAGACCCCCAUAGUAGAGCAGCCUACCAAUAUUUCGGGGAUGUCGUAACCUUCGACACCACAUACUUGAUUAAUCGAUAUGGGAUGCCCUUUGCGCCAUUUGUUGAUAUAAACCACCAUGUACAGUCAAUUUUGUUGGGAGCUAGCUUGAUUUCCUCUGAGGAUACUGAGACAUUCGUGUGGUUAUUCCAAAUUUGGUUGCAGUGUAUGGAUGGUAUAGUGUCGAAUGCUAUUAUCACUGACCAAGACAGAGUCAUGAAAAAUGUUAUUGCAAUUGUUUUCCCAGAAACCGACAUAGAUUUUGCAUGUGGCAUAUUCUUAAUAAAGUCCCUGAAAAGCUCGGCUGUUAUG